GCCAAUCAACCAUCACUUAUUCAUUACUAUUGAUUAAUUUUUGGUGGGGGGGAUUUGUAUGGUACCGAGGGUGUCUUUGUUUCAUGUUUUUUGCUGUGUUGCUGGGCUGGUAUCUGUCAGUCAAGUCAGCCUUGUUGUAGGGCUAGGCUGUUUUGGGGUGGGAUUGGCGAAGCUUUCUGUCGGUACGGAGUACUUUUUGUGUUUUAUGGUUUGUGGUUUUGAGAGACAAGUAGGUAAGGUGGGAUUGACAUUGAAAACAUUUUUUGAGAUAAACAAUCAAGCAUGAUAUUCAUAUUCAUACAACCGUAACGCCGUUAGGAAAUCCGUCCAUCUAUCCAUCCACUCAGUCAGUCCGAUUCAGUCGGUUCAAUCCGCAAUCGAAUCCCAGCCGAUAGCUCUCAGCAGCUCGGUAACAACCCACAUCACACCAUUCCUUCACA